CUGAACUGAAAGUGUUCAGUCAGUUGGUUCAGACUCCAGAUUUUAACGGCACAGAAAAGAAAGAGGGAAACUGAAGGCUGACGCAGACUGACUGAAGUCCAGAGGAUGAGUGAUUGGGUGGAGGAAGACGAGGACAGACCAGAGUCCUCAGGAUCCAUUUCUUUCAACACCGACCGGUCCAAAGACGAUCCUUCAGUCCUAGGUAAUAAACCUGGAUCUUUAGCUACAAGAGGGAGGAAGAGGAGUGAUGUCUCUGUGGAGGAGCAGCUGUCCUGCUGUGCUCUGAGAGAACUGAACCUAAGUGGAAAGAAGCUGCAGGAUUCAGGAGUGAGGAUCCUGUCUGCUGGACUGGAGAGUCCAAACUGUCGACUGGAGACUCUGAGAUUUUGGCACUGCAGUUUGUCAAAGAUCAGCUGUUCUUCUCUGGUCUCAGCUCUGAAGUCCAACCCCUCCCACCUGAGAGAACUGGAGCUGGGAGAAAACUACAAUCUGCUGGAUUCAGACCUAGAGGAUCUGUCUGAUCUUGUGGAGAGUCCAGACUGUCGACUGGAGACUCUGAGGGUCAAUGGCAAGGUGACUAAAGCUUCCAGAGACAAAACCAGUGACUCUGAUGUCAAACUGGACCCAAACACAGCAGAGAGGAAGAUGGACGUGUCUGAGGACGACACAGAGCUGAUGAAGCGUCCAUCAAGCUUCACACCUCAACGGAAAACUGAAUCUACAAAAGUCUCAUACAGGUUCAGGUGUCCUGGUCCAGGUGGGUUCCAGUGUACUUUGACUGGACUGGUUUUUGUUGUGGCUCAGGAGGCGGCGCUGCUCUACAGGACUGUCCAAUGGGAUGAGAGCCUCCUCCAGUCAGCUGGAAAGACACCAGCAGGGCCGCUGUUCAAUAUCCAGUGUCCUGAGGAAGCAGUGUGUGAGCUCCACCUCCCACACUGUGAAACAAAGGACGCGUUGCGUUAUGAAGGCCUGCUGUCUGUUGUCCACAUCAGUGAUGAUGGACUGAGCAUCUUGGAGCCACUGAAGGUCACGGACACUCAUGUGGUGGUGAAGGUCCCUCACCUCUCUGCCUUUGGCCUGGUCUGGGAUACAGUGAAACGGUUUCUGAACAUCAAACUGCCAGUAAACGGACAAGUCCUGCUGUUUGUCCGACCUCCAGAUCCAUGGCCUCCGGUACUGGAUGUAUUUCUGCUGCAGAACAACAUCCCUGUGUCAGAGGUUGCCGCCCAACAAGGAGAUGCUGAAAACAUCAAGAUCUCUGCUGACUGUAAACUGAGCAUGGGUCAAACUUACAGUGUCCACUGUGAACCUGAGGACGUAGAAAUACAGCCUGAGUGCAUGCAGUUUCACUCAAGGUAUGGAGCAAAUUUCCAUCCAACAUUUGAGGUUUUCUUGACUUCGAACUCCAAGAAAGUGACUGUGACGGUCCAAGACAAGGAGAGGAGAGACGUCUGGAAACGUACCUUUUAUCUGCCAGUGAGUGUGCAGCCUGCUGCUGAAGAAGGUUUGUGCUCAGAGGAUCCAACAUCAUUAAAUCAAGGUCGUGGUGCAUCAGGGACUCCGGGUGUCCCAACAUGGUCUAUGAGUGUCCUAGCAUGGACUCUGAGUGUCCUAGCAUGGACUUCGAAGGUCCCGUUAUGGACUCUGAAUGUCCCAGCUGAAAAGACGCUGAUGUCUGUCCGAACACAGUUUAUCAACAGGGUGUCUGAACCUGUUCUUCGUACGCUGCUGGAUAAACUCCUGGAGCGUGGGGUGAUAACUGAUGGUGAAAUGGAGUCUGCUGGAGCACUAAGCAGGGCAGACAAAGCUCGAGUGGUGAUCGACACGGUACGAAAAAAAGGAUCACAAGCCAGUGCAGCUCUGAUUGCUGCUCUCCGUGAGGUAGAUUCAUGCCUUUCAACAGAGCUGAACUUAAUGUGAAGCAGGAACACUGUCUGUCAGGGUGUUUCUGCCAGCACAUCUUUAAUCCUGGAGUUUCUCUUUUAAACUGUUUCUCUGUUAUUUAAGAACAUUUGAUAAAAAAACCUUAAAACUCCCAAACAUCAACAAACAACAGAGGUUUGAUUUUGAGGUGAAAUGAAAGUCUAUCCUGCUGUGACUCAUCAAGAUUUGUAUAUUGACACAAAUGUGGACGUGCUCUUACUGAAUAUUUGUUACUGGAGCUUUCAGGUCAAUAAAUACACUUUUUUUAAUCUCAAAUCUUCUGUGUUGUAGCCGUGUUGUCCGAAACAAGACGAGCAUCAUCCAGCUGCUCAGCAGAAAACUUAAAAGUGUCUAUACUGACAUGAGGACAGUAUGAGUCAGUGCUGAACAAACGUGAUGCGUUCAUGUACUGACGUGCAUUUGAAUGAUGGUGUAGCUUCUAUAGAAGGUGGACACUAGAACCAUAUGACCAGGUGAGAAGCACAAAUUGGUAAACAGGCCUGAACAGGCUGCCAACAUGAAGUGUUGUAGUUUUUUAAACAUAACUAUUCUUGUAGGUUCAGAAGCAGAAAAGAGGAAACUUAACAGUCAGCUGCUCCAGAGGUAUGUACGAUAUGAAGUUAGUGCUGUAAAAGAUCAAUGUUCAUUUAGUUCUGUUUGUUUACAGGCAGCACUGACUGCUGUUUGUUUGUUUGUUUAGACAAACUGUGGACAGUUGUAAAUAACCUCCAUGUGGUUUGUUUUGUUG